AUGGCCGCAGCCGAGUCCAGCCAGCUCCAGUUCGAGGAGAUCGCCGCGCCCCCCGCCUACCUGCCCGCCCACCCCGGCGGGGCGUUCCUGCCGCCCCCGAACCCUGCCGCUGGCCUGCUCCUCACGCGCCCCUCGGGCUCCGCUCCGGAGCUCAGCGCCCCGGUAUCCUUCGCCGGCUUUCUCGGGAGGGCUCCCGGGCCCGCCGCGCCGCCCCCCGCCGGCCUGGGCCCGGUUGCUCCCCCUAAAGGCGCGGCCGUCUCGUCGGCAUCGCAGCGUCGCAAGCGCACGUCGUUCAGACCCGAGCAGCUGCAGCUGCUGGAGCUCGUCUUCCGCCGGACCAUGUACCCCGACAUCCACCUGCGUGAGCGCCUGGCCGCGCUCACCUUGCUCCCCGAGUCCAGGAUCCAGGUGUGGUUCCAGAACAGGCGUGCCAAGUCACGUCGUCAGAAUGGGAAACCCUUUCAACCCUCAGCCAGGCCGGAGCUGUUCCUCCACCACUCUGCUUGUGAAACUGAAGCAAAAUAUUUGAAGGCCCAGCCGCCUCUGGAGGUAGAUGUGAACUGCCUGCCCGAUCCCAACAAGGUUGGAGGAGGCAUCUCUGACCCUAACUCCCAGGGUCAGAACUUUGAAACCUGUUCUCCUCUCUCCGAAGACAUUGGUUCAAAGCUGGACUCAUGGGAGGAACACAUCUUUUCUGCCUUUGGUAACUCUUGA